UUGGUGUGUCUGUUGUCUUUCUGUUUGCGGCUCGGUUCAGGGAGCUCUGGGGAGAAAAUCACGCCACCAUGGAGCUCAGUACACUUCUUGGCGCUUUCCGAGAUUUUGAGAAGAAGGGGAAAAAGGAAACAUGCCCCAUUUUGGACCAGUUUUUGUGCCAUAUAGCCAAAACUGGGGAGACGAUGAUUCAGUGGUCCCAGUUUAAAAGCUACUUUCUUUUCAAGCUAGAAAAAGUCAUGGAUGAUUUUAAAGCCUCGUCUCCAGAGCAACGAGGUCCCGCCAAUCCAAACGUAGAAUACAUUCCCUUUAAAGAUAUGAAGGAGCGCAUACUUAAAAUUGUGGAUGGCUACAAUGGGAUCCCUUUCACAAUCCAGCGUCUAUGUGAACUGCUUACUGAGCCGAAGAGAAACUACACAGGAACAGAAAAGUUUCUCAGAGGCGUAGAGAAGAAUGUGAUGGUGGUCAGUUGUGUGUAUCCUACCUCAGAAAAAAAUGGUUCCAUUGGUGUAAACAGAAUGAAUGGAGUCAUGUUUCCUGGAAAUGCUUCUGCACUGACUGAUAGAAAUGUGAAUGGUCCAGGAACACCUAGGACUGUAAAUAGAGCAAAGCUUUCUUUGUCAAGCAGCAUAACAGCCAACGGCUUCCCGGACAGCACAGAGACAAGCGAGCAAGUUCACGAACAUACAGAUCGGACCGUCGGUGAUUCCCUGACAUCAGAAACUGUAUGUUCAAGUGAAGCGUUGACAAAAGGCAAGCACCGCAAAGACGAGGCACUGGAAGAAGACGAUGACGAGGAUGAUGACGACGAUGUUGAGGACAGACAUAAUGCCAAAAGGUUUAAGAUGGAUAACGCAGAGGAGGAGAAUGAAGCCAGUGGGAAGGAGUUGUCUUGCCAUCCUCCUGUUGAAAGCUCGACAGAUGUGGCCGAGUCCUCUUUGCAUGUUGGUAUGGAAAUGAAAGAUACAUCUGCACUUGUUUCUGAAGACCAAGAGCCCUCCAGCACGCAGUCAGAGUCUGGAGAUGACACAGCUGGCGAAUUGGGAACGCUGGACUCUCGUGGCUCCUCCCAAAGUAAUGAGAAUGGAUGUGAAGCGGAGCUGUCUGAGCCCAAGGCAGAGCUAGAGAGGCUGGACCCUGCAGAAAUGGAUGAGUCUGAGGAGAACAGUGACCCAGUAAGCAGUAGCAGUAACAGUAGUAGUGAAGAAAGAGAUUGUCAUGCAGAUUCAGAGUCUUCAUCUCCCGGCAGUUACACAGAGCCGGCAGCAGAGGGCAGCAUCAUUGCAGAGGACACUUCACAAAGCUCAGAGCCUACACAAGACGAUGUAGAGCAAGACUGAACACACUGGUGUCUCUUCUUUUUUUCUUUCUCUAUAACACAGCACCACAGCAGCCCCAAAUUACCAGCAGCACCUGGAAGGAAAGUGUGCGUCUUAAAAGAGGAGGACAAUUUUAUGGUAAAUCAAAGAACCUUGUCCUCAGGUUUCUACCCAAACCCUGCAUGGCCUUCUGACAGCCACACUUUAUGCUGUGUAUCCGUUUUUUUCUGGAGAAUGAAUUUAACUUGAGCUUUUUGUUUACUGACAAGCCUACAGGGUUGAAUGUAUGAUGAUGGUUAAUCCCGGUUAUCACCCAGUCUCUUACAAUUGAUUUUUCACACAUUUUCUAUAAAGGUGUUUAAUGAAAGUCUUGUGUCCCUGUGGUUUUCCACGCCCAUGUUUUGCUAUAGACCAGAAUUAUGCUGUUAGAAAGAUGCUUUAAUCUACAAACCAGAACAUUCCAGGGGCCUCUUGGAAGAAAAAGAUCAUGUAGAAUUAAACCACUUACGAUUGUCAUUCAAACACCAUUUGUUUCUGAAUGAAGUCAAGGUGUCUGGAGGAUUAUGUAAACAGAAUCACUGGAAUAAUACAUUUUAUACUUGUAAAAAUCAGCAUUAUUAUUGUUCAGCAACCAAAAAGAUAAGGUUAAUGGACCAACACUUAUAUUUCUAAAAUUUUAAUUUGUUUUCUAGAAACCAAGAAAGGGUAGAUCUUUUAGUGAUUACUGUUCAAGCAGCAAGAGGCUGACCAAAUGCUCAUUCACUUUUAAUUGUAUGUGACAUCACCUUUUAUCUAUACUGCCUUCUGCAUUUGCUUUGUUGUGGCACAAAGAGAGAGCCAUUUUGGAGUUUCUUAAUUUAUUUUUCAACCACUCAAUGUUUUCUUGUGCUAAGAAUGUGAAAACUCCUAUCUGUAGUGCAGUUAGGCAUGGCUUUAUUGCUCUCUGGAGGAAUGUGAUCAAGUGUGGAAUAGAGGAGCACCAAUUAAGUUCUCUCCUCCACUUUUUUGGGGGGGAAAGUGAGUCAUAAAAUGUCAGCAGACUCUCAGCUAUGUACACGGUAACAAUAGUUUUAUUUUUUUUUUCUUUUCCUGUUUUCUUUUUUAAAACAUUACACAUUUUUAGUACUCCUUGGUCAACAUUCUAGCAUUUUAUGGUGCUGUUAAAUGGACUGUAAUUUCACCUGCAUUAGAUAUUCAUGCAGUUAGUUGGAAUGUAAGUAAUUGAAAUUGCUAAUUGUAUGUUUGUGUUUAACCACUAUUGAGCAAUUCUUAUUGAUGUCUGUAAUAAGCUUUUCACGUUACAUUUCCUCUCCUAGCAAAAAGCAGUUCUGAAAGUGGUGAUGAACUUAUGAACACUACUCCCCCCACUCCCAGUUUAGUAACCUCUCCGCUAACAUAGAUAUAGGCCUCAUAUCAUAUCUGUAACAAAUUUCAGAACUCCUUUUUUGAUAUGUAGAAUUUUUUAAUUUCUAUAAAGUAGAUUUUGUAGAACAUAAGUGUUCAAGGCCUUUGUGUAAAGUAAUCAAUUUUAUUAUUUCUCAGAGAACUGAUUGCCUGGGUUUUCAAUACAGUAUUCAAGUAAAGCAAUAAAUGUUAAGUCAAAAUGUUGAUGAGACUUUAUUUGUGCAUGACAAAGUAGCAGCCAUUCAGAAUAAAAUAAAAUUUGGAACACUGUCA